CAUGUAUAUUUGGAUAUUAGUUGUAUAGUUUUUUGGUAAAUAUUUGAUUUUAACUUAAGCCGGGGUAAGUAUCCUUAAAAGUAAUAGGUACUCUUGGGCGGAAAUGCGUCACGGGUAAGUGUGCACGAGCUGGGUUGUUUACACGGAAAGACAUGGUUCCUUUGUUCUGUGUACCCGGUAUGGAUUUAUCGACAUUUAACGGCAUGUGAACCAGGCACAGACUACAGACUGUGCUUCACAUGACGGGAGUUGAAGCCGUGCGGAUUAGUCAGGACCGGGCAGGAUUAUCCCUCUUAUACCAUCGCAGCAUCAGGACCGACCAGGAACGUGUGUUCAACCUGUUCCAUCAGGGUCAAGGUCAGCAAGGGUCUACUGAGGGCUUUUCCAUGCGGAAAAGGUUGGCGACUUUCAAGUGAGCAUCACUUGCUUUUGAGGAACUGAAAACCCUAGUCGUCUAUUAGACACUAGUGAUAACUCUGGUGAUAUCUCCUUUUUGAUAUGUGAGCUCUGGAUUGAGCUAUAUAUAUAUAUAUACAUAUAUAUAUUCCAGUAUUUGUAGCAAUACUCACUGGCUCUGGAUUGAGCUGUUCCAUAUACUUUUGGAAAGACUGUUUGGCUCUGGAUUGAGUGGGUUUUUUCAUCGUGUUGUGAUGCUACAUAGACAUUCUUAGAAUACUUUGUUGAGAGUGUGUGAGAUAGUGAGAGUGUAUGGUUGUAUUGUUAAUAUAUACGUUAUACAUAUUGUCUUUCAUUGUAAAUAAACAUAAUCAUAUUUGUGUAAUCAACUUGUUCAGUCUUCAUUGCCCGUAGAAACAACCGACGCUUGGUCCACGUUAACAAAUUGGUGGCAGCGGUGGGAUAGCCAACGUUAGUUUUUUACGGGAAUAGAACGCUGAUUGGAUUGAUUAUGUUAGGCUAGAUUGCUUGACGGAUUCUGUCUAGAAACUCUUUGGUUCCUUUCUAUUUUAUACGUUAGUCUACUGGAGCGUUGUUUACGGAUCACAGGUAAGUUAUCUGGAAGAGAGAAUCAUGCAGGAUUGCAGGUGAGUACUAGUUCUUGUACAUAUGAGUUUUGUUAGGAGUUCACCUUUUUGUUUGUAUUUGUUUUCAGUUGCAGUUUUGUUGAAAUAUAUUGUAUACAGGAUGUCUUCCUUUGUCGACUUGAUAGACAUAGGGAAGGAGUUAGAGUUUAAAGGUGAGGCACUUCGUGCAUUUGUCAAAGAGCAGCAGGACAAGGAAAGGGAUGACCGUGAGAGAGAAAGACAGGAACGUCAAAAACAGAGGGAAUUUGAAGAGCAGCAAGCGGCCAGAGCUGAUAAAAGAGCAGAGGAAGAACAUAGACGCAAGUUGGAGCUGAUUCAAGCCGAGCAGCAUGGCCAGGCCUAUUUAACGCAGAGGGACAAUGCCAUGAUGAAAGGUCCUAAGUUGCCUGCAUUUAACGAGGAAAAGGACAACAUUGAUGCAUACAUCCAACGGUUUGAACGAUAUGCUACAGUUCAGAAGUGGAACCGAGAUGGAUGGGGAGCCAACUUGAGUGCAUUACUGACUGGAAAUGCCUCAGCAGUAUUUUCACGUUUGCCGGUUCAGCAGGCCCUGGAUUUCGACGAAUUGAAGAAAGCUUUGCUGAAAAGAUUCGACAAGACAGAAUAGGGGUUUAGGAAAAGCUUUCGUUCGUCACGACCAGAAGGAGGGGAAACAUUUUCCCAGUUCACUAUUCGUUUGGACAACUACUUGGAGAGAUGGAUCGAACUCACCAAUACCAGCAAAACUUAUGAAGGGUUGAAGGACUUGAUCAUGAGAUACCAGUUACUGCAAGUGUGCAACCAGGACUUGUUGCUGUUCCUGAAAGAACGGAUUCCGAAAUCUAUUGACGAGAUGUCUACCCUUGCAGACCAGUACGCAGAAGCUAGAAGAACCAAAGCAGCACAGUUGACAACGUCUAAAGCAACUAAACAUGGAGGUCAGAGACCAUCGACGUCCGGAUAUUCAACGUCUACGUCUAUACCUGGUAAGUCCACAGGAGGUUCAGCCGUCAUGUCAAAGGAGAGGACUUGUUUCUACUGCAAGAAGAUUGGCCACAUUGCAUCGGAUUGCCGCAAGAAGAAGUCUGAUAAGUUGAAAGAAGGAAAGGCAGCAUCCAUGGUACAGGAUUCAUGUAGUAGUGAAGAAG